AUGUAUCGCCUGUGGUGUACCUCGCACCGUCAUGUAGCGCCGCUCGGCUCACUUGCCGACAUCCGCAGCUGCAAGCAUAAAGAGAGGGCAUACGGCGGCCAUACGCUGUUGCAGAGCGUCUGGCAGCGGUACACAGUGUCUCGCUUUAGCCCGACAAAGACCGCAACGUGUCUCGCAGAAAGGCAUCCAGUCGAGACAGAAAAACAGGACAUGGCUUGUUGGGAAGGCGUGUGUAUACGGGCCACAGAUGGGCUUCUGCUUUCCACGUGUGCCGCCGCACUGCUGCGCGGCGAGUGCUUCAACCUAGGCAGCGCUGUGCACGCAAGAGGAUGA